AUCUGCAUGCCGCCCCCCUGUAGGAAGUGAUGAUGAAACAUAAGAAGGCUUAGCGACUGACAAAUAGUGACACUCAAAAGGCUGAGCUGUGGGGCAUGAAGAGUGUAUCUCUGUGCUGCAGUCAGGAAGAGAGUCAACAGAUAACAGCCAGGAGGAGGUCACACUCCCUGUUCAGAGAAGCUGAAAAAAGUCAAGACUAGUUAGAAAAGGGAGCUUAGAAUUGUGCUCAGAGGAAAGCAGAAUGGAUCAGGAAGUGGUAAAGAACUGAUAUAGAAGUGAUGUGAGCUCAGGGAGGGAGGGCAAAAAAGAAAGAGGGAGUAGUUUGGGGAGGGAGGAGGUCCUCUUCUGUAUACAUUUGGAAGCGGAGAGCUCAUUCUUAACAGGCAGAACUGUGAAGGAGAAGCAGGAGUGUGCAGGGAUCUCCAGCGUUUGGUUCUGAGGUGGCAGGAGACCCCCGCUCCCGGUGGGUCAGAACAAGAUGAAGGGCUGCGCUGCCAACGCUCUGUCUGACUUCUUCUUUGAGUACGAGACCCCACGGCAGGUGCUGGUGCGGAACAAGAGGGUGGGAGUGGUGUGCCGGCUGAUCCAGCUGGGAGUCCUGGCUUACAUCAUUGGGUGGGUUUUCAUCUACGAGAAAGGCUACCAGUCCACAGACACGGCCGUCAGCUCGGUCUUCACCAAAGUGAAAGGUGUGGGCUACACCAACAUGAGUGGGGUGGAGAGAGUCUGGGAUCCAUCCGACUAUGUCUUCCCUCCUCAGGGAGACUCAUCUUUAGUCGUGAUGACAAACUACAUCGUAACCGAAGGUCAGACGAUGGGAAAGUGUCCAGAGCUUCCAGGAAAAUACAGCUGCAAGUCAGACGCUGACUGUAAAGGAAGGACCUACCAACGCACGGGAGACGGAAAACUAACUGGAGUCUGUGUGAAAGACACAGGGACCUGUGAGCUGUUGGCUUGGUGUCCCUUGGAAAAUGAUCGGAACAUACCGAAUCCUCCUCUGUUGAUGAGCGCGGAGAACUUCACACUGUUCAUCAGGAACUCCGUCAGGUUUCCUUUGUUUGGUGUCACAAGGAGUAACCUGGUGGAGGAAAUAAAUAAGGACUACUUAAAAAAUUGCCUCUUUGAUCCCGUUAAGUCUCCGCUCUGUCCCAUAUUCAAACUCGGAGACAUAGUGAGACUUUCUGGCUUCACCUUUGACAUGAUGUCCAAGGAGGGAGGCUCCAUCGCCAUUGUAAUUGACUGGACUUGCAACUUUGACCAUAAUGUGAAAAACUGCAAACCCACGUAUGAAUUUCAUGGUUUGUAUGGAAAUCCCAAGGAGACAGACACGUCCAAAGCUUCAGUGGGCUACAAUUUCAGGUAUGGAAAGUAUUACAUGGAAAACGGUGAGGAGAAAAGGACUCUCAUGAAGGUUUUUGGCAUCAGGCUUAACGUCAUUGUGCAGUCAAUGGGACGUAAAUUUGAUAUCAUUCCAACCCUGACCGCCAUUGGUUCUGGAGUGGGAAUUUUUGGAGUGGCAACUGUAGUUUGUGACUUAGUGCUGCUGUAUGUGCUCCCGAGAAGAGACUUUUACAAAAACAUGAAAUUCAAAUACACAGACACCGCUGCACAGGAGUUGCGCGGUUUAGGCUCCUCUGUCUAUUACACCCUUGAAGCAAAUGCAAGACAAGUGCAUCGCAAAGACAAGACCAAUGAUCCAGAUUUGGAAACGGAAAGCACCAAGACAACGGACUAGUCGCCUGCUGUUUAUUUUCUGAGAAAUAAAGCCAAUAGGAUUUGAUUUCCAGCUGUUGUGUAGAAAUGACCUGGGAGCUAACAAGCUGCAUUAUAUGAUGUAGCACACAGGAACCGGGACAAAAAACUCACAAACUGUGAAUGGACUUAUAAAAGGACUGUCACAUGUCUUUUAUCGGAGCGUCUUCAUCCGUCCUCAUCCUCCCACUGUGUGGCUGUGAAGAGAUCUGAAUGUGUACUUUUUUAGGCGUUUCUUUGUUUACAUUUGUUCAUAGUAUGGGUGUAACCUCCACCACUUUUAAUGUCCAUGACACUUUGUGUUCAUGCAAGUCUUUACCUCUGGCAGGUAUUUGUGAAAACCAAACACCCUGUCUGUGUUUGGAUACGCCACCCAGUGCAUACAUGUCAUUGACUCAAUAAAAGAGGUACGACAACAA